GAAGACCACAAGUUGACAAAUUUGAAGUCAUUGGUUUCGACUUUCGAGGAGAAUACUUCUGUGUUGUUUGUGCUAUACAGAAGAAAAAAAAAAUCUAAUUAUCUGGGAUUGUGGGAUCUUCUUCUUCUUCUGGCCCAGCAGAUCUGAAUUUUGCUUCUUGAUGUUUUUGUCUGGUGAUGUUUCUUUUCCUGGCUCUUUAAGUUGCUUCAAAGAGACGACACCCACCUAAUUAUUUGUCUCUCUGAGUCUCCUCCAUCGUGUUCUGUGGCCAUUUAUGAGUGUGUGUGUUUGAGCUAGUUGAGCUUCUGGGAUUGUUGCAGUUGGGUUUGUGGAGGAUACAAAGACCAUUAAAUUUAUGAAGGUUUUUCAGCCUUGAGCACCAUAUCCAUGUUCACUCUAGCAGUUCAGUAAGAUCUGGACUGCAUAUAUUAUAUUACAACUCAAAGGAUCUCAAUCCCAGAUUUAACAUUGAAGUUAGGGUUCGUUUGUUUCCUUUAUUGGGUUGAUCGGAGGAAUGGGCACCGAAGUAGAAUCUAAGAUGUAUCUGCCAGAAUAUAACUCAUCAAGGGAUGUUAAUGACAGCGCAAGAAAUGGUGGCUGGGCUUUGAAUUAUGAAAAGAGAAAUUUGAAAAGUGAUCAGUAUGGUGGAGCAUUCUCUUUUAGGCCUUUAACAGAUGAGUAUGUGGGAUAUUACAAGGAACAAGUGACGCGAACGAUAUUGAAGCAUGAGUCUAUCUUCAGGCAUCAGGUCCGUGAACUCCAUCGUCUUUACAAUAUACAGAGGGACAUGAUGAAUGAAGUCAAAAGGAAAGAACUAGACAAAUAUCUGCUGUCAACAGGAUCAUCACAAAAGCCAGGUCUUUUUCCAUUUGGUUUUCUGUCUGAAAGUGACAGAAAGUGGUGGCAAACUCCCAAUUUACCUUGUGCUAGGCCAUCUGCCUCAGGUGGAAAUGGAAGUCAAUCUCGUUUUGAUUCCUUGAAAGAGACAACGGUGCUGUCUCGUGGUCCUGAUGAGAGUGGAUUGACGUUGGGGGACUCUGAAUCUUUACAACCCAAACAUAAUACACUUCAGAAGAGUUUUUUUGACCUUGAACUGCCUGAGAAUGAUUUCAUCAACAAUGAAGAGGGAGGUCAAGGAAUACACGGUGCUUCGGGGACUAAAAACUACCCUCUUAAUUGGAACUUUGACGUUACUUGUGAGAAAGAUGGAAACAUGCCCAUUUGUCGUAGUUUGUUAUCUGGUUCUGAUUUUGAUGCUUUGAGUUCUAAUGUUCGUCUCAGGAGUAACCGUGGUCGUACCGAUUUGAAUGAAUCUUUCCAGCUUGAAGAAGCAUCUGGCUCUGCUUCUGUUAAUAUUUUAGACACUGCUACCCGUCCCAAAGAGGAUAUACGAAGACAGGAUCUAUCCGUUUCAUACUCGGGGUUCCAGCAUUUGUCUAAUGAAUUUUCUCCAGAUCCCAGUAAAGGAAAGGAUAAAAUAAUCGGCCAUUGCAAUCUGCAUUUUGAAGCUGAAUACAAACAGAAAGGUUGGUCAGCUUAUAAUUCGGAAGCUGGCCGAAAUAGAAGCAAUAUAAGUUUCUGCCUUGGAAAUUCAUCAACACUAACACAAGAUGAACAGCAUAAAGCUCAUGAAUAUCUGAAAUUUCCUUUCUCUGAGCAGACAGAAACGCACAGAAAGAGGAAACUUUUUGGAGUAGACAUCUCUGACGGGAAUAAUGAUUCCUCCGUUGUCACUUCCCACGUGCUUGGCCCUUCUCCGGUGGUUCAAUUUGAUGCUACCAAUUCUGAGUCCUCUCAGGUCUUAUCUUGGAAAAACCUCCCAGGUAAUAACCUGAAUUUGAUAACAGCUCAAGGAAACCCUAACACAAAUGCCUUUGCACAGUUGAGUAAGAAUUCGAAAACAUUGAUGCCCAGUCCUUCAGCUGUUGGAGGAAAAUUUCUUGUGGAUAGCAGUUCAGGAUCUGUUACAGAUUUUAGGUCAGAAUUUUCUUACCAGAAUGACCUAUGCAUCGGUUCUCAUUGGGAUUUGAAGAAAGCACGCACUUGUAACCCAUUGGUUGGUUUCAACCAUGCAUGUGGGAUAAGCGAUAGUAAUUCCGCUUCUGAACGUCACGCAAAAAAUAACUCAGAAGUUUUAGGGUCAAUCAUGAAUGCUAAGUCUGCAGAGGCUAUGCAUGAAGGUGCAGUACCUCCAAAUGUUUAUCAGAUGAAUUUGGAUUUCCUGCAAAACCAUUCUCAGCUGUCUAACAUAACUGAAAUGACGAAGGACCCCUCUCAAAGUUUUGUACAGGAUGCCCUUUCAGCGACCCACACCCAUGAUGCUGAGCAUUUGAGACAUGAAGUUGGUGGCUCGAGCAGUAGGAAGAUUCUUGGGCUUCCCAUUUACCAAAAGAGUAUGUCACAGGAUUUGCUCUCUCAUAACUCCCCCUCAAAGUCCGGUUUUGUUGCUUCAGCAACGGAUGGUUCUAACUCUUUCAAAGUUGGGUUGCUUGAUUCUGAUCUAAAUCGUGAUCCAGUGUCAUCCAUAUCUCAAGAAAGACCAGCAGUUGAAGGUUUGAUGGUAGAGAACGCACUGGUUAACCACAGUGCUGGUCUAAAGCAUCAUAUUGACUUAAAUCUGUGUGCAAGUGAAGAUGAGGGCCAACUGACACCCUCUUGUUUAGGAGCCAAUGUGACGAUUGCGGGGGAGAGAGAUCUGGUGUUGCCGAUAAUCACAGAAAACAAAAGUUGUAUUGAUCAUGAACUUGAGUCUAUUGAAAGCAUACUUAAGGAAACUUUCAAUUCAUCUGGAGAUGAAUCCAUGGAGCCCCUUGAAGGACUUGUCGAAGUUGCAGCUGAUGCUCUAGUUGCCAUUUCAUCAUCACACAUGCCUUAUCAAGACAGUCUUACCUUCGAUCAACUUGAAGCCUCACCGAGCGACUCCCUUCAAUGGUUUGCGGAGAUAAUUUCUUCGUACAAGGGUGAUAUUGGGGAUGAGGAAUCCAUGUCAUUGUUUAAGGAUGUUUCCUGCGAGGAAGAUUCAGUACCUAAUGAGCUCGAUCACUUUGAGUUCAUGACUCUAAACUUGACUGAAACCAAAGUAGAAGAGUGUUCUUAUCAACCUCAGGCGCUAGAGAACUCGGAACAUGAAGAAAAACCAUUACCAAGACGACCUCGUAGAGGUCAAGCAAGGAGAGGAAGACAGCAGAAGGACUUUCAACGAGACGUUCUUCCUAGCCUCUCCAUUCUUUCAAGGAAUGACGUGAACGACGAUCUUCAGAUCAUAGAAGGGAUGGUCAGAGCGGCUGGUGGUACUUGGCGGUCAAGUUUGUGGCAGAGAAAUACUGCCAGGAGGAGUACCUCUGGAAGAGGGAGGAGACGAGGAGGAGCCACCAACUCUCGAACCGCCACUGCAGCUUCUCCAUCCAAGACUCAGCAACCUAAAUUCGGAGAACUGGGACUUGUGGAGAUAAGCCUUGCAGGAUGGGGAAAGCGGACCAGACGACUGCCCUGGCAGAGAUGUCCAAUUAGUAACAACCCUUCAAAUAAGUAGAGAGGCCUAUAUUAUUUCAGAGAACACUGAAGUUCAACAUGCCAUCAAAGUUUUCCUACUCAGGAGAUUGAUUGAUGCUGUACAUGUUUUUUUUAGUAAUUUCAGUCUAUUUCCCUUCAAUUUUUAUUAUCUUGAAGUGAACAUCUGAUUUUUUUUUUCUGCAAAGAUAAUUUAAAUUGUUCUCUUUGACAUGAAUACUGAGUUUAUAGCCUGACUAAGA